GCACAUCCUGCACACCCGGCGUAAGAUAGCACCAACCCGAGCCGAGCGAUCAGGUCGCCAAGCCAAACGACAGCCUCGAGCUCGACUCUCGAUUCUCUUUUAUACCUUCUCCGCCGCAGCCGCCAGAUUGCCGCAGAGCCCCGACGUCAGGAACUUCGUUAUAGCAUCUUUGCAGCGAACAAGAUUUGUCUGUCUUUAAUAGCUAUGGCGGACGAGGAGCCUGUUGAUCAGAAAAAGUAUCUGGAAGAGUCUUGCAAGCCCAAGUGUGUGAGACCUUUACUAGAAUAUCAGGCGUGCAUUAAAAGGAUCCAAGGUGAUGAAACUGGAAACAAGCACUGCACCGGGCAAUACUUCGAUUAUUGGUCUUGUGUUGACAAAUGCGUUGCACUCAAGCUGUUUUCAAAACUGAAAUGAUAGCAGAGAGCUUUACGGCACGUUGACAUGAUUUUGCCGUUUAGUUCUUCAGCAAGAUAUCUCAUUGAUGGUGUCUUCAUUGCAAAUUACGGAUGUUUGCAUAUGAUACUUGUCGUUGGCCACAUAUGGACUUGUUUUGAAUGGAGACCUGAGUGAGUCAAGUCAAUAAUAGAGCAUUUGCAGACAGAUUAAAUUAUAUUUGUUUGGGUUUGAUGUGUUCUCUGGUGAGAAUGUUAUCUUGACUUAAGACGUAAAAAAUGCUUUAGACUUGAGAGAUCUAUUUAGCAGGCUGAUUAUGAAUAAAACUGAAAAACCUAAUAUGGUAGUUGGCACUGACAUUGUUUCUCAUCAUGUAAUGCGAUGCUAAAGUAUACUCUGUUCUCUUUGUUUCU